GAAACAUUUCUAGUUAGACGAUGGUUUCAAAAUGGAUGCGCCCACGAAGGAAAGAAAACGUGACUGUACUGAAGUAGAACUAUGACUGUCUUUGCCAACUGUAAGCGCUGCAUGAUAGGAAAAUAGCCCGCGAUUUAAACGCAAUUUAGUAUUAACGGUUUACACUAAUUAUUUGAUUUGUACUGCUACAUAAUGUUCAGAACAAUACAAACUGCUGUGCAGACAGAAAGUCUGGACCUGUUACAGUCUUUGAUGAAUGAUUUAGACAUAGAAUUAACAGAAGAGGAAUACAGGCAGCUUCUUCUUGAUGCGAUACUGUUCCAGAAAUAUCACAGUCUUGAAAUUCUUGUGAACGAAGCAUUGUAUAACCCUUAUUCCUCGGAAGAUCUGGAAGAUAACAAUUUAACAACAAUUUUACAGGUUGCAUUAGAUCGGUAUGAUAUUGAAGCUGUUAAAAUUUUGUCAUCAGGAGCAUAUGGCCAAUUGACUAAACAUGAAAUCAGAACUCUUGUGAAGGAAGUUGUAGACGAAAUUAGUAGUGAUGAAUCUAACAACUUUAAUGAACACAAAUUGAAACUUCUAACUUUUAGUUCUGAUGAAGACACACACAAACUUGUACGUGAAUGUUUGAUGUCAAGUAAGAUAGUUGAUCAAAUUCCAUCAAUUUCAUGGUUAUUUGAUCUUCUGAGAUAUGGGCCUUGUCUAAGUAGUGACAUUUGCAAGAAAGCCUUUAUGGAAAUGGAAAAAGGUGAUUGGCUGGAAGCCGAGAAAACACUAUUCAAAGUCAACCAAUCAAAUAAUAUAAACCAACCAGUCACGGUCUUUUAUCCACUUGAAGAAUCUGAGGAAAGCUGGACUCUCCUUGGUUAUGCUGUUUUGAAAAACAGAAUGAUUCUGGUAAAGCUGUUGUUAGCAAAAGGAGCGUCAGUUGAUAGUGUGUGCCACAUAGAUUCACGACAAGGAAAAGAUUUGCAUGUAACACCUCUUGAAGUGGCUGUUACUAACAAUUUGUAUGAAAUUUCAUCACUUCUCCUGCAAAAACUUGCUACAUAUCGCUUACAUGAUAUGAGAAACUUGCUACAGACAGCUGUAUGGAACGAAAACACGGCUUUGUUGCAAAUUUUGCUGGAGUCUUCAAGUGGUAUAGAAAAUAUAGAGGAAUGGUAUGAAGAAUCACUAAAGGAGGUGAGAAACUUCGAAAAAAGGACAUUAAUUUCUCGUCUUUUCAGGAACUAUAUACGAUUUGGAACUCCUAAAUUGAACAGAUGUCAAGAGGUAUUAAUGGUCAUGUUUGAAGGUACAGAACAAGAAGCACUGGACGAAAUACAAGGUUUAGAAGACCAGGAAAUCGAUGAAGUCAUAAGAUUUAGAUCUUGUGUUGGCAGAAGUGUGCAAGAGAGACCAGCAGAACAAAUAGAGGAAGGCAAUGUGCACAGGCGUGACUGGACAUUAUUAUUGUAUGCAGUUAAAAUGAACCAGAUGGAAAUUGUUAAAAAGUUAAUCAAGCGUGGAGCAGAUGUGAAUCGCAGUUGCGCAAUCUACAUUGACCACCAUGAUGAUGAAAAGGUGCGAGCAUUGACAGUAGCUGUAGAUGAAACAAAUUUAGAAAUGUGCAAGUUCCUCAUGGACAAUGGAGCAUGCAUUAAGCUCACAAGACCAGAACCUUGGUUCUCCCGUAAUGAAUUUAAACCAUGUUCAGUCUUACCGUAUGCAUUUAGGCGUCAAAAUUUGUCAAUCAUUCAGCUUCUUAUUGAACGUACUGAUGAUCCAGGUGAUGUUUUCAUUUCGUUCUGCUUUUGUGUCAAUGAAAAUAUAGAAAGUGGAAUCAUAGCAAAGAUAUUUAGCUUAGAAAAUAUGAAUACUCUUCUGCAUGGCAAUACACUUACAACUACGGACUGGAUGAAAUUGGUGUUGGUAUGUUCAUGUUGCGAAAACACAUCUCUCGCUAUGAGGCGAUGCAGGUAUCUGCUGAUAAAUAUACUUCUGGGAUAUUAUGGCUUUAUCCCCAAAGAGUUGAAAGAAGCAGUUGAAACAUUAGAAGAACGUUGCAGUAUUUCAGAGGGUAUCCGGAACAACAUUCUGUCUCAGAAGGUUAUUAACUGGUUCCAUGAGAAAGCCAAGACCUUCCCAGACUUGAAGAAAAUGUGCAGAUUAGUUGUACGUCAGUCUUGUCGCCCAUGUACGGAGUCCAGCCUACAGACACUUGGUCUGCCAUCAGAACUACAGAGAUUUCUAGAUCAUCCCUUGAAAGAUGAUUUAAAUUCUGAGCCUUUGAGUGAUAUUGAAAAGCUGUCAUUGGACGAUGAAGAUGACAUUUUCUGCUUAGAAAUAAGAUAACAUUUGAAUCCUGUAGCUAAUAAUAGUGAUUGAAGUACAAUUAACUUGCAUUGACUUGGCAAUAUAAAUCAAGUAACCUACCACAAUGCCACUGUAGAAAUCUCCACAAGGGACCUUUCCUUUUGUAGUGAUUUUAUUAAUAUGAUACUUCUAAUGGAAGGGAUUGUUUGCAUAGUCAAAAUAUGUCAUAUUAUUUAGAUAUAUGUUAUAUGAUAUCAUAAGAAGAUAUGUAGAUUUUGAAGAAACGCAACAUAAAAUUGAAAA